AACAACUACUUCCGAACCGAACACCUCUCUCUCUCUCUCUCUCUCCGCAGUUGUGGAGGAGAGAGAUGGGCAUAAAUUGCAACAGAGUAGAACACUUCUCAGACAACCAAGCAGUUCCAACAGAAACAAUGCCACCAUUGGAAUUGCAUAGAGUGUGCUUGCCACCCCACAAAACCACCCUUGAGAAACUCAGAGACAGACUGUCUGAGAUUUUCUUCCCAGAUGAUCCUCUUCACAGGUUCAAGAACCAAACAUGCUGUCAAAAAUUGCUUCUGGGUCUUCAAUUUUUCUUCCCUGUUUUUCAGUGGGGACCCAAUUAUAGUCUAAAUCUUCUAAGGUCUGAUGUCAUCUCUGGUCUCACCAUUGCAAGCCUUGCAAUCCCACAGGGAAUAAGUUAUGCAAAGCUUGCGAAUUUACCACCUAUAGUCGGCCUUUACUCAAGCUUUGUACCACCACUAAUAUAUUCUGUCCUGGGGAGUUCUAGACAUCUCGCAGUCGGUCCAGUCUCAAUAGCAUCUCUUGUCAUGGGCACGAUGCUUAGUGAAACAGUUUCUUACACUGAACAACCAAUUCUCUAUCUUCAGUUGGCUUUUACUGCUACUUUCUUCGCUGGUGUAUUUCAAGCCUCUUUGGGGCUACUAAGGUUAGGAUUUAUCAUUGAUUUUCUUUCAAAGGCAACUCUUCUCGGGUUCAUGGCCGGUGCAGCGGUGAUAGUAUCCUUGCAACAACUAAAAGGGUUGCUUGGAAUUGUUCACUUCACUAGCAAGAUGCAAAUAAUCCCUGUUUUAUCCUCUGUUUUCAUGCACAAAAAUGAGUGGUCAUGGCAAACCAUUGUAAUGGGCACAAGUUUUCUAGUGUUUCUGUUGACAACAAGGAAAAUUAGCAUGAAGAAACCAAAGUAUUUUUGGAUAUCAGCAGCAGCCCCGUUAACAUCGGUCAUUUUCUCUACCCUUUUCGUCUACCUCCUCCAAUCAAAAGUUCAUGGGAUUGCAACUGUUGGGCACUUACCAAAGGGCAUGAAUCCACCUUCAUCAAACAUGUUAUAUUUUCAUGGACCUUAUUUGGGGGUUGCAAUCAAAACUGGCAUUGUAACUGGAAUAUUAUCUCUUACAGAGGGAAUCACAGUGGGAAGGACAUUCGCUGCAUUAAAAAACUAUCAAGUUGAUGGUAACAAAGAAAUGACAGCUAUUGGCCUCAUGAACAUGGCUGGUUCUUGCUCUUCAUGCUUUGUCACUUCCGGAUCAUUUUCUCGAUCUGCUGUCAACUACAAUGCCGGAGCACAAACAGUGGUUUCAAACAUUAUAAUGGCAUCGACCGUGCUUGUGACUCUGUUGUUUCUCAUGCCACUGUUUCAUUACACUCCCACUUUCAUUUUAGCUGCGAUUAUCAUAACUGCUGUGAUUGGGCUAAUUGAUUAUCAAGCUGCAUUUCGCUUGUGGAAAGUUGACAAGCUUGAUUUCUUAGCUUGCUUGUGUUCUUUUCUUGGUGUUCUUAUCAUUUCUGUGCCUCUAGGCCUAUCCAUUGCAGUGGGAGUUUCGGUUUUCAAGAUUUUGCUACAUGUUACAAGGCCAACUACUGUGGUUCUAGGAAACAUUCCUGAUACUCAGAUAUACCAAAGCCUUGGCAGAUAUGGGGAAGCUUUGAGAGUUCCCUCAUUUCUCAUACUCGCGGUUGAGUCUCCCAUCUUGUUUGCAAAUUCCACAUACCUACAAGAAAGAAUACUAAGAUGGGUUUGGAGAGAGGAAGAGCGGAUUGAAUCAAAUGAUGAAAGUACGAUGAAAUGCAUCAUUUUGGACAUGACUGCUGUAACAGCCAUAGACACCAGUGGAAUUGACACAAUAUGUGAACUUAGAAAGAUGUUGGAGAAAAGAUCACUUCAGUUUGUGUUGGCAAAUCCUGUGGGAAAUGUGAUGGAAAAGCUUCACCAAUCCAAUAUCUUGGAGUCUUUUGGAUCACUCUAUCUAACGGUUGGCGAAGCAGUGACUGACAUAUCAUCAUCACUAUGGAAGGCUCAACCAUGAAUGAAAUGAGAAAAGGAGACAUAGCUUCAAAGAAAGGAUAUAUAUCAUCACUUAUCUUAUUCCUUAGCAUAGCACUAUUACUUCCUAGUCUAGGUUGAUCAGUUAUUAGUUAAAAGGAGAGGAGAUAAGGGGAAUUUUCCAUUGUUUUCUAUUUGCGAAAAGUUUAACGCAACAGGAUAAGUAAGUUAUUGUUUUUGGAGACGGCAGUGCUAACCUCUUCCUAGGGAGGAUUUUGAAAUAUUUUGAAGAUGACAAAUUUGGAUGUGUUGGGACUUCCUAAUUCAACUUGAUUUGUGAUUUCUUAUUUGUCA